GCCGGCCCAGCGCGCCGCCGCCGCCGCAGCCGCUGCGGAGACUCCAGCCCGCUCCCCUGAAGAACACUUCGCCUCCCGGCCCCGCUUCGCAUCACGCCCCCUGCUCCUCCCCGGCGUCUGCGAUUUUCCCAGGCGCCCAGUGUGAGUGAGGCGUGCGUGUGAGUCUGUGUCAGGGUAUUGUGUUGUGGGAGUGUGUGUGUGUGUGUGUGUGUGUGUGUGUGUGUGUGCAUGAGUGUGGGGUGUGAGGGGCUCCUGCGCUCCGCUCACGGCCGCCGCCGGGGGAAGACGGACGGACUGCGCUUCCCUCUUCCGCGAGCGGUUCCCGGGCACCUCGGCUCGGCUGGAGAGCGAGCGGAGCGCGCCCGGCUGGCCGCCGGCCUCCAGAAGGUCCCGCUGCGUCCCCCCUGGGCUGGAUAUGUUCAUGUUCACGUGAAGAUGGAUUUAGUGUACGGUCUCGUGUGGCUGCUGACAGUCCUCCUGGAGGGGAUCUCCGGCCAAGGAGUGUACGCUCCCCCCACGGUUCGUAUUGUGCAUUCAGGCUUGGCCUGUAACAUUGAGGAGGAGCGCUACUCGGAAAGGGUCUACACUAUACGGGAAGGAGAAACCCUGGAAUUGACCUGUCUGGUCACAGGACAUCCACGUCCACAGAUCAGGUGGACCAAAACAGCAGGAAGUGCCUCUGACAGAUUCCAAGACUCAAGUGUCUUCAACGAGACUUUGAGGAUUACAAAUAUUCAGCGACACCAAGGAGGCCGGUAUUACUGUAAAGCAGAGAAUGGCCUGGGGUCCCCAGCGAUAAAGUCAAUCAGAGUGGAUGUGUACUAUUUGGAUGAUCCAGUAGUAACUGUUCACCAAAGUAUAGGUGAAGCUAAAGAACAAUUUUACUAUGAGAGAACAGUGUUCCUCCGGUGUGUUGCCAAUUCCAAUCCACCUGUUCGGUACAGCUGGAGACGUGGCCAGGAGGUGUUACUACAAGGGUCUGAUAAAGGAGUUGAGAUUUAUGAACCCUUCUUUACCCAGGGUGAAACAAAGAUAUUAAAACUAAAGAAUCUUCGACCUCAGGACUAUGCUAAUUAUAGCUGCAUUGCUUCAGUGAGGAAUGUAUGUAAUAUUCCUGAUAAGAUGGUGUCAUUUAGACUUUCCAAUAAAACAGCAUCUCCGUCAAUUAAACUCUUGGUGGAUGACCCUAUAGUUGUAAAUCCUGGAGAGGCCAUAACAUUAGUAUGUGUUACGACAGGAGGAGAGCCUGUACCCUCUCUCACCUGGGUCAGGUCCUUUGGGACUCUGCCUGAAAAGACUGUUUUGAAUGGAGGAACUUUAACCAUUCCUGCCAUCACCUCAGAAGAUGCUGGUACUUACAGCUGCAUCGCCAAUAAUAAUGUGGGAAACCCUGCAAAAAAGUCUACCAACAUCAUUGUGAGAGCAUUAAAAAAAGGACGAUUUUGGAUCACACCAGAUCCUUAUCACAAAGAUGACAACAUCCAGAUUGGGCGUGAGGUGAAAAUAUCUUGCCAAGUAGAAGCUGUUCCUUCUGAGGAGUUAACAUUUAGUUGGUUUAAAAAUGGUCGUCCAUUAAGAAGUUCUGAACGGAUGGUUAUUACGCAGACUGAUCCGGAUGUCUCCCCGGGAACGACAAACUUGGACAUCAUUGAUUUAAAAUUCACGGAUUUUGGGACAUACACAUGUGUAGCAUCUCUGAAGGGAGGAGGAAUAUCUGAUAUCAGUAUUGAUGUUAAUAUAUCCAGCAGCACAGUUCCACCCAAUCUGACUGUUCCACAGGAAAAAUCACCUUUGGUCACCAGAGAAGGAGACACAAUAGAACUGCAGUGUCAAGUAACUGGAAAACCUAAACCCAUCAUCCUUUGGUCUAGAGCGGAUAAAGAAGUUGCAAUGCCUGAUGGGUCAAUGCAAAUGGAGAGUUAUGAUGGAACACUGAGGAUUGUGAAUGUAUCUAGGGAAAUGUCAGGAAUGUACCGAUGUCAGACCAGCCAGUACAAUGGAUUUAAUGUGAAACCAAGAGAAGCCUUGGUGCAGCUCAUCGUGCAGUAUCCUCCUGCUGUGGAACCAGCAUUUCUGGAAAUCCGGCAAGGACAAGACCGCAGUGUCACUAUGAGCUGCAGGGUCCUGAGAGCCUAUCCAAUACGGGUGCUGACCUAUGAGUGGCGCUUGGGAAACAAAUUAUUACGGAUGGGUCAAUUUGACUCUCAAGAAUACACAGAGUACCCGGUGAAGAGUCUUUCCAACGAAAACUAUGGGGUUUAUAAUUGUAGCAUCAUAAAUGAAGCUGGAGCAGGGAGAUGCAGCUUUCUUGUUACAGGAAAGGCCUAUGCUCCAGAAUUCUAUUACGAUACCUACAAUCCUGUGUGGCAAAACAGACACCGUGUUUACUCCUACAGUCUACAGUGGACUCAAAUGAAUCCUGAUGCAGUAGAUCGGAUCGUUGCAUACCGGUUGGGUAUUAGGCAGGCUGGACAGCAGCGAUGGUGGGAACAGGAGAUUAAAAUAAAUGGGAAUAUUCAAAAGGGAGAAUUAAUUACAUAUAACUUGACUGAGCUAAUUAAACCAGAGGCGUAUGAAGUCCGACUGACUCCUCUCACCAAAUUUGGAGAAGGAGAUUCAACAAUUCGUGUCAUCAAAUAUAGUGCUCCUGUUAAUCCUCAUUUGAGAGAAUUUCACUGUGGAUUUGAAGAUGGUAACAUUUGUUUGUUUACCCAAGAUGAUACAGACAAUUUUGACUGGACAAAGCAAAGUACUGCAACAAGAAAUACAAAAUAUACUCCAAACACUGGACCUAACGCUGAUCGUAGUGGCUCCAAAGAAGGUUUUUAUAUGUACAUUGAGACAUCUAGACCCAGAUUGGAAGGAGAAAAGGCUCGACUUCUCAGCCCUGUUUUCAGCAUAGCUCCCAAAAACCCUUAUGGACCCACGAACACUGCAUAUUGUUUCAGCUUCUUUUAUCACAUGUAUGGACAACAUAUAGGUGUUUUAAAUGUUUAUCUACGUUUGAAAGGGCAGACAACAAUAGAGAAUCCACUGUGGUCUUCAAGUGGGAAUAAAGGACAACGAUGGAAUGAGGCACAUGUUAAUAUAUAUCCAAUUACUUCAUUUCAGCUCAUUUUUGAAGGUAUUCGAGGUCCUGGCAUAGAAGGUGACAUUGCCAUUGAUGAUGUAUCAAUUGCAGAAGGAGAAUGUGCAAAACAAGACUUAACGACUAAGAAUUCCGUUGAUGGUGCUGUUGGAAUUUUAGUACAUAUAUGGCUUUUUCCAGUUAUCGUCCUCAUCUCUAUCUUAAGUCCUCGAAGGUGACCUUACCCUGGCAGAGGCUAUAAAAGAUUCACCAGGCACUGGCAUGAAGAAAGAGUCUUUGUAAAUGGACAUUGAAAAAACAAACUACCAAAGAUUCCUCCACUGACUAAUGACUCAAAAUAAAAUAAUAAAAACAAAUUUUUUAAGCACUGGGGAUAAAAAGACAUCAUGGAAAUAUAACUUAUUCCGCACUACAAAUAAAAGAAAAUCUUGACCUGAGUAGAGAAGAGACCUUCAGGUGCUUUCGUGGCUAAAAAGAUUACAGCGUCAUCUGGUCAUCUGGUUGAACUCGGAAAAAAAAAAAAAAAA